AUGCCGCCCUCGACCAUGUCCGCCCUCCGCCCCAUCUCUCGACUCUUCACACGCCACUAUUCCGCCCCGGCAGAAGGUGCCAUCCCCGCCGCCAAGCAAAAAUACGUGCCCACCUCCGGCACGUAUCCGCAAGGCUUCUCUGUCUCCGGCGUGCACGUCGGCGUCAAACCCUCCAACAAGUCCAAGCCAGACCUCGCCUUCAUCACGUCUGACCGACCCGCCAACGCCGCGGCGGUGUUCACGCAGAACAAAUUCCAGGCCGCUCCCGUCCAGGUCUCCCGCUCAGUCCUCGAAGCCCGCCAGGGCGCCGGCAUACGCAGCAUAAUCAUCAACUCCGGCUGCGCAAACGCCGUUACGGGCAAUGGCGGACUCGAAGACGCUCGAGCCAUGGCUUCAGCCGCUACCUCUGCCCUCGACAACACAGCCACCUCACCACCCGACUCAAACCAACCAGCCAGCCUAGUAAUGUCCACCGGCGUGAUCGGCCAGCGACUGCCAAUUGACCGCAUUCUCAAUGGCAUACCAAAGGCUGCAUCUGAAUUAUCCUCCUCCCACUCUUCUUGGCUCUCAACAGCAAAAGCAAUAAUGACAACAGACACCUUCCCCAAACUCCUCAGCACGACCUACACCCUUCCCUCCUUCCCCAACACAACCUUCUCCCUCGCCGGCAUGACCAAGGGAGCCGGCAUGAUCCACCCCAACAUGGCCACUCUCCUGGGCAUCAUGUGCACCGACGCGCCCAUUGCGCCCGCUGCACUGAAAUCGCUGCUUACAUCCGCCGUAGGCAAAUCCUUCAAUUCGAUCAGUAUAGACGGGGACACCAGCACGAAUGAUACCGUGGCGAUCCUGGCCAACGGUGCUGCUACGGCGAAAAGCUCUACACGGUUGGUCCCCUCCCAACAGAUAUCCUCAGAAUCAUCGGAGGACUAUGCCGCCCUUUUGAGCACCUUGACCACCUUCUCGCAACAGCUCGCGCAACUGGUAGUGCGGGACGGCGAGGGCGCCACAAAGUUCAUCGCCGUCAAGGUCACAAAUGCGCCGACGGAUAAAGAUGCGCAUGCGGUCGCGAGUUCAGUGGCGCGGAGUCCGCUCGUCAAGACGGCGCUUUAUGGGAGGGAUGCGAAUUGGGGGCGGGUGUUGUGCGCUGUGGGGUAUACUGCGCCGGAGUUGCUGUCGGGGAGGGAGGAUGUGAUCGUGCCCGAGAGGAUGAGCGUGAGUUUCGUGCCCACGGCUGAGAGUGCGAGCAAGUCAGAGGGUGUUUUGAAGCUGCUGGUGAAUGGGGAGCCGCAGGCUGUGGAUGAGGCGCGGGCCGCGCGAUUGCUUGAGGAUGAGGACUUAGAGAUUGUGGUUGAUUUGGGUGGGAGUGGGAAGGGGGAGGCAACGGUGUGGACGUGUGAUUUCAGUCAUGAAUAUGUUACCAUUAAUGGUGACUAUCGGACGUAG